AAAUUAGUGAAAACGGGUUAUUAUUAUAUACGGUAUAUUAGAAGAAAAGAAAAUUAGAACAGAGAAGGGCAUCAUCAGGCAUGGGGGCUUCCGAAUCAGUUCCGGAGAAAUCAAUCCAUGAAUUCACUGUCAAGGACAGCAAAGGAAAGGACGUGGACCUUAGCAUCUACAAAGGAAAGGUUCUUCUCGUUGUUAACGUCGCAUCCAAAUGUGGGUUUACGGAUACAAAUUACACCCAGUUGACUGCGCUUUAUGAGAAAUACAAGGACAAAGGUUUUGAAGUCUUGGCAUUCCCUUGCAACCAAUUUUUAAAGCAAGAGCCUGGGACAAGCGAGGACGCCCAAGAAUUUGCGUGUACAAGGUACAAGGCUGAAUAUCCAAUUUUCCAAAAGGUGCGUGUGAAUGGACCAACUGCAGCUCCCAUCUACAAGUUUCUCAAGGCAGAAAAAGGUGGAUUCUUUGGGUCCCGGAUAAAGUGGAAUUUCACUAAGUUUUUAGUAGAUAAGGAAGGAAAUGUCCUUGGUCGCUAUGGCCCCACCACUGCUCCGUUGUCCAUUGAGGCUGACAUCAAGAAAGCAUUGGGUGAAGUGUGAGAUAUAUAACCAGUGGAGGCUAUCAUAGUAUGUACAUAGAGGGCUAAUUCUUCUGUUUUAUUGAGUUAAAUGGAAAAUUUGUUUGUGUCUCGUGCAUCUUACUACAAUCAACGAACUUCAUGUUUUGAUGUGUAAUCAGUGUUUGCUUAUUUGGUAUUUUGUUCAGGUGGUCUGUAAAUCUAGUAGGUGAGAAUAUUGGUGUUUAUCCUCUGUUCAUAUGUUGAAAUGCUCAUGUGAGAGUCUUAUGGUUCAAUUUGAAUUGUUGUUUUUGGCAGAACAAACCUAUUGCCAGACUUCAUUUCCCCUUUCAUGGUUAACAAAAAAUUGGACUAUUGAGUUGAUAUUUUGUGCCUUAAAUGGCUACAUAGAUUC